GCUGUUCGUGUACAGCUGUUUUGUGAAUUACAGGUGAACUUGUGACUUACUUGUGCUUUUAGUGGUCAGACGUUUGAACUGUUGCUGCCCGUGAUACCAGAGCUACAUCCUCAGACAAUCAAAGGUUCAACCAUCAGUAUGCAAGAUAGGAAGCCAGAGACUUUAUAGCUGAGCAGAGAGGCAAGGAGGGACUGAAAAAUCGGUUCAUUACUGCAAGACAUGUGAUGGCUACAUAUUGUCAAGGACCAUUCGAUAGUUGAGAGGAUGACGACACAGCACAGGGGUCCCCGGAAGUGAAGAACAAAGAUGUCCGGGGAGUCACCGAUAAUCCAAGGGACGGGAGAGAAGAGAGAAUGGAGGAAGAGGUUCAGUUUAAAAGCCACCAGGCGCGCCACUUUUGACGAGGAGUGUACGGGUCCGCGGCCCAGCUGGGCUAGAAGAUGUGCGAGUCUCAAGCAGCACUCUCGUCAGGUCCUGGACUCUCCUCCGAGCGCCAGCGGUCGCUCCACCCCCGUCCAGGACCCCGUCCCUGCCUCCACCACUCCCAGGAGGUCCAACUGGGAAGUCAUCGAACACUACAGCGAAAACAGCAUACCCAAGAGUAGGAGGCCUUCUAUGAUGAGUAGGGUAGAAAGCUUACGAGAAGAGGAAGAGCACGAUGAGGAGGCGGAGGCGCAGGAGACACUUCUUCAGGUGAAAGGUUCCAGAGCGGAGACUGUUCUUGCGAGGACAACCAAAAAGUCCUACUGGACGCGGUUAAGAAACAAACUGUGUACUGCGCAUCGCUUCAAAAACCUGCAGGUGGAGAUGCUGUACCAGAGGUAUUUCCUACACACCAACCAGAGUCAUAUGACUCACCUACUAGGUCUACUGUUGGGCCUCUGUUCCGUCAUGGGGGUGGGUCAUUUUGUCUUCUCCUUCAGCAUUUCCACGGUUAGUCUCGCUGUCAACUCUCACACCCUCCUCACCACAGCAACCCUGCUGCUCUGCGUCCUCGUGUAUGCGGGUCUGGUGGCGGUUCUCUCACGACCCGCUCUCAACGAGUUGUACCUGAUAGGAGUUUCUUACGUCAUCAUGGCGACGUUCCUCACUCUCGAGCUGUCUCUGAGCGUUUCCCUCAGCCCAGUUUGGGCCACAAUGUUCUUCAUCUACGUGACGUACGCGCUGCUGCCCAUCAGACUCCAGGAGGCGGUGGCCGCUGGAGUGGUCCUCAGCUUGGCCCAUCUGCUGUGCUCUGUCUACCUAGCUGCGGCGAAGCCCGUUCAUGGAAAAGAGUUCCUGGCACAAUGUGUUCUGCUAGCCUGUACGAAUGUUGCUGGAGUCAUGACACACUAUCCUAGUGAGCUGGCCAAGAGACAGGCAUUCCUGGAGACUCGUCAGUGUGUGGAGGCAAGACUGACAAUUCAGCGGGAAAACCAGCAACAGGAGCGGCUGUUGUUGUCGGUGUUGCCGCGACACGUCGCCAUGGAGAUGAAGGCAGACAUCGCCGGCAAACCACAAGACACAAUGUUCCACAAAAUAUACAUCCAGAAACACGAAAACGUCAGUAUCCUAUUUGCUGAUAUUUGUGGAUUCACGAGUUUAUCAGACCAAUGCACGGCUCAAGAACUCGUACGACUGCUCAAUGAAUUAUUCGCAAGGUUUGACAGGCUGGCCCAGGAGCACCACUGUCUACGUAUCAAGCUGCUAGGAGACUGUUACUACUGUGUGUCAGGACUGCCAGAACCUAGACCUGACCACGCUCACUGCUGCGUGGAGAUGGGACUGGACAUGAUCGACGCUAUAGCUUUAGUGCGAGACGUGAUGGGAGUGAACGUCAACAUGAGAGUGGGUAUACACACUGGCAGAGUACACUGCGGUGUGCUGGGUCUUCGUAAGUGGCAGUUUGACGUUUGGAGCAAUGACGUCACUCUAGCCAACGUCAUGGAGAGCGGAGGCAUCCCCGGGAGAAUACACAUUACUAAGGAGACGCUCAAGUAUCUGGACAAUGCUUACAAAGUAGAGCCUGGUAAAGGAGGAGAGAGAAACUCCUACCUGAGAGACCACAACAUCGAGACAUACCUGAUAGUCCCUGGAGACACCUUUCGUACAAAUCAGCAGCCCCUGAAGAAGCCAGGCAGUGGAGGGUUCACGAUGAACGGGAGUGUAGCGAAGGAGUUGCGGGUGAUGGGACACAGUGCUCAGGCUUCCAAACAUAACAAGCUCGGCUUCGGGGAGAGUAUAGAGGAAAAAGAUACAGAAGAUGAAGUCAAUGAUUAUCUGAUGAGAGCCAUAGACGCCAGAUCCAUCGACCGACUGCGAGCAGAACAUUGUCACUCGUUUCUGUUGCGCUUCCGGAAACCGGAAAUAGAAGAGAAGUACAUGAAGGAGAGAGAUAGAAUGUUGAAGACGUAUUUCGUCGCGUCUUUGUUUAUUUAUCUCGCAAUAACCGCCGUCCAGCUUCUCGUCCUUCCACAUUCUGCCCUGCUGUUCAUCUGUUUCUUGAUAGGCCUAGUGUACAUUGCUGUCGUCAACGCUGUAGUUAUCGCCGAAAACACGAAGAAGCUUCCACCAAAACUAAAAGAUGUUUCUAAAAUGGUCCACGAGAAUCGAUCCCUGGCCCAGCUUCUGGCAGCAUCUGUAAUCUUUGCUACUUUGCUGUUAACAGUCAUACCAAUGGUAGCCUCAAAUGCGUGGUUGUGCAAGGAACCUCCCGACUUCAAGGAACCGUAUUUCUCCAACGCCAAUGUAUCUUGGUUCUACAACUCUACUUUAAACUCCACCUUGGAGCCUGAGAUGUAUGUCAACUCCAGCGGGACCGACGUGCUGGGGAACUCCUCGGCGUCCCUAGGACAACCCUCCUGGGGGGCGGAGCACUGCUACACUGAUUACAACAGUGUGCUUCCCUACCCGGAUUAUAUUCUCCUGUACAUACUUCUCAUCAUGAUCAUGACAGCUGUUCACCAGGUGUUGAUAAGUCUUGUCAAACUUAUCAUUCUCAUCGUCGUCUCUUCAGUAUAUGUCAUACUUUACCUUACGGCGCCAUUUUAUAUUAUCCAGGCAGAUACUUGGCAGUUGUACCUGAUGGUGGUGAUUCUGGUUGGCUUCAUGUUAGCUCUGUCCAUUCAUUCACAACAGACCGAGGCCACGUACAGGCUAGACUUUGUCUGGAAACUACAAGCCACAGAGGAGAAAGAGGACAUGCAGCAUUUGCAAGCAUACAACCGCAAGCUGUUGGCGAACAUCCUGCCUGAGCAUGUCGCCGAGCAUUUCCUCUCCAGUGAUAAGAACUCCGAUGAGCUGUACCACGAGCAGUGUGACCAUGUUUGCAUCAUGUUCGCGUCGAUCCCCAACUUCUCAGAGUUUUACAUAGAACUGGAGGGCAACAAUGAGGGUGUCGAGUGCCUCAGACUGCUCAACGAGAUCAUAGCAGACUUUGAUGAGAUCCUCUCCGAGCCAAGGUUCAGUUCUAUCGAGAAGAUCAAGUCUACUGGAGCUACCUACAUGGCUGCUUCAGGUCUAACCAAGGCUACUUGUGAUAUGAAGGAUCUGAACCACGUAACGGCAAUGGCUGACUACGCACUCAGAUUGCGAGAACAGCUCAAAUACGUAAACGAACACUCAUUCAACAACUUUAGAAUAAGGAUAGGUAUCAACAUCGGCCCUGUUGUAGCCGGUGUUAUAGGUGCGAGAAAGCCUCAGUACGACAUCUGGGGGAACGCUGUGAAUGUGGCCAGCAGAAUGGACUCCACCGGUCCUCUUGACCAUAUACAGGUCACACAAGAGGUGUACCAGGUUCUGCACACCAAAGGUUACCCCAUGACUUGUAGAGGGGCGGUGGAGGUUAAGGGGAAGGGGACGAUGGUCACUUACUUCCUCAACGGGUACGCCAACACUACAGCGCCCCCCGCGCCCUCAGACGCCGUCUGUUAGACCUGCAACUACCGCGUUCUGGGGGUAAUUGUAUAGGAAAAUGUGCGCAGAAGUUCCAUAGGUGCUCAGCGAAUAAACUGUGAUGACAGAGAUCCAGCCAAAGACUCAAAAACUAUUUUUGUAUUAUUGUCGUAGACUUAGGCUUUUAUUUAAUUUAAGUUUAAGGUUAUAACUUAAAACCUCAUAAAGAGGAGUGUAUUUACUGUAUAUUAUGGUUCAAAUGUGAAUUUGAUCCAAGAAUGAAUCGCUUUUAAACUGUAACGAAAUAAUUUGAUAAAAGGCCUUCCAAAGAUAUUAUGUACAUAUUUCGUGUUGGUAUUGUAAUUGUUUUCUCCAAGAUUGUAACAGUGUUGUAUAUACGCUAGUAUAUUUUAAUAGAAGAGAUUAACUAAAUGUACAGUAUAUGUUCAAGUUUUUAAUACAUUUUUAAAUAUUGAAAUUAUAAUAAAACUAUAACCCAUAAAGAGGAAAUAUUUAAAACUUGUUUAAAGAUAAAGUUACAACCAUUUAAGGUUCAUUUGGGACAAAUUAACUAAACCAAAUAUAUUUCUUGUCCAACUGCGUUUCUUAUAUUUAAUAAAUAUACAAAACUUGUGGAUUUGUUAGUAAUGAAUAAAAAACGUGUGUGGACUAAAUAUUUAAGUUUAAUGAAUUAUUGACAUUUAUGUGCAGUUUUUAUAAUGUUAAGAUUCAACAUUUUUUUAUGACGAAUCCAUAUAAUUAAACAAUAUGUACAAACGUUGACAACAAGCAUUAGAAAAUGGAUAUUUUUGUCCUAGGACGCUAGGCACGAGCCCGGGAUAGUUUUUUCACAUUACUUCAUGCUAGACAUAUGGGUUGCGGCAUUAUCACUUGGAUAAAAUUCAUUAGUGACUAGGCGGGAUUUAAACCCGGGACUCAGGGACUGAAGUCCCACGCCCCAACCACUACACCAGCUCACUUCUCAGAAAAUGGAUACUAAGUUAUAUUUUAAAAAUCAAUAAAAUAUAAACUAAAUUCGUAUGCUAAAAGGUUACUCGCAAAAUAGGUUUAAACAUUUCAAUAGACGGAACAAAUAUCUUUCGAAUAAAAUAUACAUUUAUAUUCUGCUCCGUUUUUCUUAUUACUAUGUAUUUUUUUGAACUUAAAAUAACAAAAUAUACAGGUCUCUAACCGCUAAACUACAUUUUGCACAUCACAAAAAAACAUAAGAAAUGUCAAAUUGUAAAUUAUACAUUGUACAGUAUAGCUUCAACAGCAAAUAUUUAAAACAUUAAAAGAUAAUAAAGCUAUUAAAAGUAAAAAAUAACUAUAAAGAAUUAAUUAUUUCUAAUAAUCCUAUAAAUUGCAGAUCAAUAAAAUAUAUAUUCUUAUCUUAAUCUUCAAAGAUGCAAUGUAUUUAUUUGUGUUUGUAAAAACUUAAUAAGUGUAAUAACGUCUGUAAAUAUAUUGUUAACGUAGUUUUUUCUCUUGUAUCCUACUACAUAAUUGUAAAACUUUUGUAAUAAAUUAU